CUACUGCUGCCCAUUGAUAUUUAAUUCCACCUGUCACCUGAGUUCCUCUUAACCAAAUGAAGAAGAAUUCUUUUAUAAUGGAAAAAGUUCUGCAUUGCCUGGUAUUUUUAGGCAUACUUACUCAUUUUAUUCUUGCCAUGUCUUGUCAUCUGAAAUGCCAAUGUAUUUGGAGAAAAGGAAAACAAACAGCCGAAUGCUCUUCUGCUGGCUUUGAGAAAAUUCCAAAUGGCCUUGAACCAACCAUCCAAGUUUUGGAUUUAACCCGUAACAACUUCACUUUACUUCCCCCAAACGCAUUUUUAAAUGCAGGAUUAGUGAACCUACAGAAGUUAUACAUGGCUAGAUGUGGUAUCGAGCACAUUGAUGAUUUUGCAUUAAAUCGAAUUUCAAAUUUGAUCGAACUUGAUCUCAGUGAUAACCUUAUUUCAUACAUUCCUACUGCAGCUUUCAGACACCUUCCACUUUUAAGGCAUUUGAUUUUAAGCGGGAAUCCAUUGGUAAUUAUACCCUCUCAAGCAUUUGUAGAGUUAAAGACUCUUAUAAUUUUAGAAGUGAGUAACUGUAAAAUUGAUACUAUUGCCACCAGAGCUUUUGAAGGUAUGGAAAAAUUGGAAGUACUUAAAAUCGAUAGCAAUGAACUUCAAACAUUACAUGCUAAGACCAUGAUGCCAUUUAAAAAUCUUCAUGGCAUAACACUUGAUGGAAAUCCAUGGACAUGUGACUGCGAGCUUCGGGGGCUUCGUCAAUGGCUAAACGAUAAUAAUGUUCCUUACAUACCACCAACUUGUUAUCGGCCAAUAAGACUUCGGGAUAAAAUUUGGACAGAAGUAAAUAUCGAAGAUUAUGCUUGUGCUCCAACAUUUUUGAAUACUUCUAGUGCAAUGAAUGUAUUCGAAGGCUCAAAUGUAACUUUGGAGUGUAAAGUUUCAGGUGAUCCAAUUCCGUCAAUACAAUGGCUAUGGAGAGAACGCGUGAUUACAAAUUUAUCAGAGGGUAUAUCUUCCAUGCAAACCUUUAUCAUGUCAGAGUAUACGGAAAAAGAAAAGUACUCUAGAUUGAAAAUAUCUUCCGUUCAAGAGCCCAAUGCUGGAGUUUAUACUUGUGUAGCCGCUAACACUGCUGGAAAAGUGGCAAAAAACUUUACACUAAUGGUGUCCAGGCUUCCGGUUACUGGUGUUAAAAUAAUUGAGGAAGAAAAAACGCAAGAGGUUAAGGAGGAAGAAGAAGAAAAGACUAAUUCAAUGGCUGGUAUGGCUAUCGGUAUGCUUGCUGGAGCUGUUGGUGUUAUUGUUAUUUUAGGAAUAGUCUUGUGGAUUUGUCGGAGAAGGAACAAAAGAAACAUACAAAUAAAACGUCUAGAAGCUAACCACAAAGUAUGUAACUCAGUUAAUCCAACUAUCCCAAAAAUUUCGCAGGAAGAUUCUGAUCUCAAAAUACUUGGGGUCAAUCCUAUGACUAAGUCAUCCCGCCUUGGAGGAUAUGAAGGUAUACCGACAAAUGAAAUCGAUCAUUAUGAUCCAGUUAUGGUCCAAGACCAUUCCAUGCCAGCUCCAGUAUGGAUGGUCCCAGAUCAUUUGCCACCAAGUGAAAUGGAUUGGGAUGGACAUAAUGCUUCUCAAGCUAUGCUGAUGAACCCAUCAGUGCUAGUAGAUAAACGGAAUCAAAUGGUUUCCAUGCAAGGUCCACCGGAAGAUAUCCAUGUACGUUUGCAACACGAGCUUUCUGAUACUUUGAGAAGGAAAACUGUGGAUCGGAAAAUUGAAAGGGAACGAGGAGAUGGUAGCUCAGAAAUGGAAACAAUUGAUCCAGAUGGUAUUAAGAUAAACUUUGAUUCCCCCAUUAUUUGUGAUGACGAUAGAAACAGCCGUGUAUCAACGUUCCUUCCUGAUAAAUGCACUGAUGAGAAAGGCCCAGAUUUGAUUGAUCACGCUCGUGCAGUUGCUGGCGAAAUUGAAGAAUGGAAAAAUGGUACAGCACAACAAUGGAUGUAUAGCCAAGGUUCCGGUUAUUAUAGACCCGCAGUUGCACCAACAAAAAAUAUCACGUCAGCUUCUCGGAUGAACAGUGACAACGAGUCAUCAGCAACAGAAGUGUAAUAGGUUGCUCUACCUCAAAGAUGGAUAUUUGGUAUUAAUAUAACGAAAAAUAAAACAUUUAUUGACUGGAUAUCCAGCCCAAAAUACUUAACAACUACUUUGUAUGUGAACACAUGCAUACAUAUAUAUAUAUAAACUGCGUUCUACAGCAUUUUUACUGAUGUGGUGCUCUUGAUUUUAGACUGAUGCCCUUUCAGAUAAUGUUGGAUAUGUUCUUUAUUUUUGAGGAAAGCGUAGUGUGACGCAGCUUCAUUUGUACACAUUGAAACUAUAAACUAAAGAUAUCGUUGCGUAUGCAUAUAAACGUUAUAUAUUAUACAAUAAACAUGUAUAAAUACACACAUAUAUAUACACAUAUACACGGAAGUCUACCGUCUAUACGACUAGUGGUGUUGCUCAAAACUGAAGCGGACAUAUUCUAUGUGAUAAAUGAAGAUGAAAGUCAUGCAAAAGUUUUAUGAAGUAUAUAUAUAUAUAAAGUUGUCAAAAUUUGUUUAACUAAAACACACGGAUAUUGUCGCCAAACGUGUGUAUGUUUUUAAUGGCGCGACCUCCCUUCCUAUUAUCUCUACAAGAAUGGGUAUAUUAUUAGAAAAUGUUAUUGAAAGUGAAAGCCAUAAUUUGGUGCUAUGUUUACGCACCUAGAGAAUAUCAUCCGGGUAUAGGAAGCGGAGAUUUUUUUAUACCAGCUGUGGUUCACCUAUUUUAUAGGGAGGUGAUGUUUGAUUUAAGAAAAUCUUGUAUUUUUGAUGAAAAUUGUAGGUAAUACUUUUCUUAGUUCCCCUUUUUGAGUUUUUUUCUGAACCCAAAAACGACAGACAGACGCACAGGCAUUAAAUUAAAAAAAAAAGCUGUUUUGUACCAAGCAUGGGAUUUUUAUGAGGAAAUGCUACUUCAAAGUAACAUAAAUAAAUAUUUAUGCUGCUUGGAAUAAAAACAAGUUUUCAUACAAUGUAAAAAAAUUGAAAGUGGAAUUGUAAAACUUUUACUCUCCUUGUUCAGGUGUACCACAGCUGCAUCAAUAAUUUUGUACUGCUGUCCUUCAAUAAGUGAAAACAACCAUUUACACUAUUGAAUUAUAACACUGAAAGAAAUAAAUUCUUGAUAUUUAAUUAUCUAUCGUCAAUGUCUUGUCCUCAGCAUGUGUUAAGAAUAUUAGGCUUUAGUCAAUGUUUUCCCCCAAUUGGAUCUGGUAAUAUUGUUUCCUCUGUGCCUUAGUGCGAUCCUUUUCUAGUUGCAUUCUUGUUUACUCAAAGUUUAUAUACGAGCUCACAACAAGGAAGGUGUCCCCUAAUUAAAAUAGAGAGAAUAUAGACCAAUUUAAAUAUCUGGUAAUAAGCAUAAUUUUAUGAAAAUCUUAUUCGAGGCAAGUAACCUGUAAAAAAUUUUAUAUAUUUUUACAAAUCACU